UGGAAGAAACGAUGGUUUAUAUUGCGGAGUGGCCGGAUGAGUGGCGACCCAGAUGUUCUGGAAUACUACAAGAACGAGCACUCCAAGAAACCCCUGCGGAUCAUCAACCUGAACUUGUGUGAGCAGGUGGAUGCAGGCCUGACCUUCAACAAGAAAGAGCUGCAGGACAGUUUUGUGUUUGAUAUCAAGACCAGUGAGCGCACUUUUUACCUGGUGGCUGAGACAGAGGCCGACAUGAAUAAGUGGGUCCAGAGCAUCUGCCAGAUCUGCGGCUUCAAUCAGGCUGAGGAGAGCACAGACUCCCUGAGAAACCUUUCUUCAGCCAGUCAUGGUCCCCAGUCUUCUCCAGUUGAGUUCAGCGGCUCUAGUCAGCAGCUGCUCCGAGAAAGGAAGUCCUCUGUCCCUUCACACUCCAGCCAGCCCACUUUGUUCACAUUUGAGCCCCCUGUGUCAAGUCACAUCCAGUCUGCCUUGUCCACCAGUGCACCUCAGGAGUAUCUCUACUUGCACCAGUGCAUAAGCCAAAGGACAGAAAAUGCGAGGUAUGAGACAGCCAUGGCCUCCAUGGGGGAAUGUGAUCACUCUGGUUCUAUUUUCAGUUCCUGAAUUUCAGUUUUAAA